AUGGGGACUAGAAAUUUGGAUGAAGACCACAUCCUGGCCGCUCUUUUAGAUAGUGAUGAGGAGCCACCCUAUGCUGACACCGACAGCGAAGUUGAAGACCACGAGAGCGAGGAUGACAUCCAGAGCGAUGAGGAAGAAGAUUUUGUGGACGCAGUGAGGGAAGAAGAAGCAGCAACUUUUUUCGAAAUUGACCCCAUGGGGGAAGAAAGCUCUGAUCAAGGAACUCCCUCAACAGCUUCUCGUCGAAUAAUAACUCCGUCACGAAGAACUAUCAGAGGUAAAAAUAAACAUUGCUGGUCAACCUCAAAAUCUUCAAGACGUGGUCGUGUCUCAGCACAGAACAUCGUCAGGUCUCAAAGGGGUCCAAAACGCAUGUGCCGUAAUAUUUAUGACCCUGUUUUAUGCUUCAACAUCUUCUUUACUGAUGAAAUAAUUUCCGAAAUUGUAAGAUGGACCAAUGCUGAAAUAUCCUUCAAAAGACGAGAAACUAUGACUAGUGCUACAUUCAAAGACACAUGUGAGAAUGAAAUCCGUGCUUUGAUCGGCAUCUUGGUAAUGACCGAAAUGAGAAAAGAUAACCAUAUGUCGACGGAUGAGUUGUUCGACCGAUCUUCUUCAACAUUAUAUGUCUCCGUGAUGAGUCGUGAUCGUUUUGAUUUUUUGAUCCGAUGCCUUAGAAUGGACGACAAAAAUGUGCGGCCGGUGUUUAUGGAAUGUUAA